AUGGCCACGGAAUCCACGCCUGGACUGCUGGCAUGGCUCCGGAGGGACUUUAGAUUCAUCUUUGGCCGGGUGCGCGAUCCCCAGACAUGUGAGACCAACCGCCCAGACAGCCUGGACAAGGAUCACCCUGCGACCUUGUUCGACUUCUUCCACGCAAGAGGCAGAGCAGGCGACAAAAAGGCCAACAAACUGACCAACGACAUUGAACGGACCCUGCGGCGCGCUGUCGCAAACCAAAACUGGCGCAAUGUUCCUUCGAAUUUCCAGCAAGUCGCCAAGCUCACACAUGAUCAUUACUAUGAGGCCGUCCUCAUCGCCAUCCUCAACUACAUCGCCGUCACAGACAAGUGGAUGGUCGUGUUCAAACACCUGCAGCUCAUUGAGUAUUUGCUGCGCACCGGGUCGCGCAGGCACUUCUACUACACCAGAUCCCGCAUCAACCGCAUCAAGCAGGUCGUCAUCAAGCACCCGUGCAGAACCGGAUGGAGCGAUGCCAUCAAGCUGAGGAUCGACCAGCAGAUGCGCCUCGUCGUGCGCCUGGUGACUGAGCACCGCUACACUGCCGCUCAAUCUGAGCCGCGGCGGGUUUGGGAGCCCAGGAUCACAGACACGCCCAUCCAGGACGACUCAGUCAGUAUUGUGGCCACCACCGAUACCGCCAGUAAUACUGAUGCUCCCACCGCUGAGGCCACUCGCUCUCCUCCCCGUAAUCUGACCCGGACUGGUUCCAGGUCCACUGCCGCCGCUGUCCCUGCUCCCAACGGCGCAUCUCCUCCUGGCGCAUCUCCUGCUGGUCGUGCGGGAGCUGUAAGACGUCCUCCCGUAAAUCAAGGCCAGAAACAAGGCCCUUACUCGACCUAUUCCGCCCGCAACAAAACACCUGCUUCUGUUCCCGCUUCUGCCGACACCGGUCUCUCGCCCUCCACCUCCGUCAGGACCACCUCUACUGCUGCGGCAUCGCGUCGAUCGCGGCCAUCCGUCGGACUUUCUAGCACUCGGGAUUCAGUCGCCUGGCUCGCAUCUGUGCGCGGAAUAGAUAUUGGUCCUACCGAGUACUGUAAUUACGGCCACAAUCCCCCCUCCUCGGCCGGCUCUUCAUCUUCAACGCACUAUUCAUCGACCCAGGCCUCCUCUGUAUCCGCAAGUUCGGCAAAGCCCGGCGUGGCGCGUUCUGUCAGCCGCACCGUCCAAUUGCGUGAUUGA